AUGGCCGACAAGAUGGAGAACCCUGAGGAGAAAAUCCAGGAGGGGCUCUACGACCGCAUCAUCAACAACCUGGUACCUCGUGGAGAUCGAGAAACAGAACGAGAAGACCGUGCUUGUGAGCGAGCUGUGGGAGAACUAUCGCAAGAACGCAGAAUUCCACCUGGCCAAGACGGGCGGGCUCGAGGGGCCAAUCGAGUAGCUGGCGACGGCCCCACCGCAUACAUUCUCUUACUUGUCGCUAUAGCUGGACUAUACUAA